CUUUUUCUCCCUCUCACGGCCGGAGCUAGAAAACUCCGCCAGAAUCCGCUUCCACCACCAUUCUCUAUAUUUUCGGGGACCGACGCCCGGAUCUUCCAUCCUCACCGUUCUCCUCCGCCGGCGGUUAAAUCCCCCGGGGAUUUUGACCGAUUGUGGGAAAUGGACUCUCGUUUCCUCCCUAAUGGGGAUUUUUGACCGGCCACGGGAAAUGGACUCCUGAAACCUUCAAGAGCAGAGAGCCAAGCUAUCCAAAUGGAGGAUUCCGAUUGCUCUGUUUCGCUCUCCAACCUCAUCUGCCAAGAAGAUGGAUCAACUCUUCUCCUUGGCGAUGGUGAUGAAGAGGAAAAGAGUGAUAUGGUAACGGUUUAUAACGAUUGCUGCAUUUUCUCGGAAACAGAGGAGGAUGACUACAUCGACAUGCUGUUCUCCAAAGAGAGCGUCCGCUCCGACAGCAGAGGAAGCAGAGUAUAUGAUGACUCCUCCGAAGAUUGGCUGAAAUGUGCUCGCUCUGAUGCCGUCCGAUGGAUUCUGAAAACCAAGGCUUGCUUCGGCUUCUGCUCGAAGACGGCAUACAUGGCUGUGACUUAUCUCGAUCGCUUUCUCAUGCAUCGAAGAAUUGAUGAUAAGGGAAAGAUUUGGGCUGUUCAGUUACUGUCAGUGGCUUGUUUGUCUCUGGCGGCAAAGAUGGAGGAAUGCAAGGUCCCGGCGCUGUCGGAGUUCCGAUAUGAUUUUAAGAGCAAUCUGAUACGAAGGAUGGAGUUUCUUGUUCUGAAUACAUUGGAAUGGAGGUUGAAUUCAGUAACUCCAUUUGCAUAUCUAAGUUAUUUUGCGUCCAGGUUACAAGAACACAAAUGGAGUAAUUUGAUGGCAAGAGCCAUUGGAUUUAUUUUUGCAGCCACUGGAGUGAUGAAUUUAGUGGAUCAUCGCCCAUCGGUCAUAGCGGCUGCAGCAACUCUGGCCGCGUUUGAUGAAAGAUUAACUCAAAAUUUAGCUGAGUUUAAGAAGAGAACAAUCUCGCUACGUGGAUCACUGGAGACUGAGCAUGUGUUCUCCUGCUAUUGCCUGAUGAUUCAGGAGUCACACAAGGAGAAGCUGAAACCAUCAAAGAAUUUAAUUGCCACCACCUCUUUCACAGCAAGAAGCAGUAAGAGGAGAAGGUCAGAAUCGCCGCAUGCCGAGUAGAAAUCAAUCAAAUGGAGUUGAGAUGGAGUUCAGAGACCCAGGCAAUGGUUAUUUUUUUUGUUUCAGGGUCCAUGGGGCAUGAUUUGAUUCUCUACUUAAGUCAGAUUUUCUAAUUGAUGGAUGACUUAGCUUGAAAAGGUUUGGUUUUUAGUUUUUGAGGUCAACUUUCUCACACUAGUUGGCGUAAAAAGAAGGGAGGAAAAAAAAAUAAAGGCAAAAGCUACAGCUCAAAGUUACAAAAAGGCUGACUACGAGGAGAUAAACCCCAAUAGGCCAUGGCACAUAGUGAUUUUUGUGAAUAGGAAUGGAUGGAUUCCUUUUGGUUUAUAGCCCUUGUCAUUCAUUCAUGAAUGCUUGCCCAUAUUCGUUGUAAUUCCUUUACUGUUUUUGUUUGUCCUGAAGUGUGAUGUGGUGAGACCCAUGGGACCUGUGGAGGGAUCCUUGUGAACAGUAGUAUUGAAAGUCCAUUGCUAUUUGAGGUGGAGGUAUUUGGGACGCUUUGAUGAGUCUUGGAGAGAACUUCAAAGCAGCGAGAUGGCAUUGGCCCUGUCCCACAGGGCCUCGAUCGUGUUUUGUAUUCUAAUUCCUCGUAGCGCACUCACAUCUAUGUGUAAGUGAGACGCUGAUUUACCAAAGAAAAGGAAAAAAUGAAAAAAAAAAAAAGCAGUGAGAGAGUGCUGGUAUGAUCAGAUGCACUUGGGUUGCAAGCUGGCCAGCUGAAAGCUUGUAAAGUGGGUGUAAACUGUGAUUGGAUUUUGCUUGGUCUUGGGAAUGAGAUGGUGCUGCCUUUAUUGUUUUGCUUUGUGCUGUGUCAUGAAGCCAGAACCGAGCUUUUUGCU